GUAACGCGGACAGACAUUUUAAUUCAAUUAUUAUUUGUUGCCUGCGAGAUUCGAACCAUCUCUUAUUUCAUUACUUAACCCAAACCAAAAAAAUAAAAAGUUCAUUUCGAAAGAAGAAGAAGAAAACAUCAAAUCAUGAGUGGGCAAGAGAAUCAUGAUCAUGGCCGGAUCUCUUCUACGCCCGCCGCCGCGUCGGAGCCUUCCAAGGCUGCUGCUCACUCCUCUGACUACGCUCCUUACCCUAAGCUCGAUCCUACCGACGUCACUCCUCCUCCUCCUCAGCCUAUUCCCACCGGUGCCGCCGCAACCACCAUGCCAGCGGAAUCCAAUCCUUACGUUUCUCCUUCCCCUGCCCCAAGGAAUACGAUGGAUUCGGUGAAGGAUACGUUAGGGAAAUGGGGGAAAAUGGCUGCCGACGCCACCAAGAAGGCGGAGGAUCUCGCCGGAAAUUUUUGGCAGCACUUGAAAACAGGCCCAAGUGUAGCAGAUGCUGCUGUUUCACGAAUUGCUCAGGGGACAAAAAUACUUGCAGAGGGUGGAUACGAGAAGGUCUUCAAGCAAACAUUUGAUUGCCUUCCUGAUGAAAAACUUCUCAAGACCUAUGCUUGCUACUUGUCUACAUCUGCUGGUCCUGUCCUGGGAGUUAUGUAUCUUUCGACUCACAAGCUUGCGUUCUCUAGUGACAAUCCUCUCUCUUACAAAGAGGGUGAGCAGACCCUGUGGAGCUAUUACAAGGUGGUACUUCCGGCGAAUCAGCUGAAGGCAGUGAACCCAUCAACAAGUAGAGUGAACACAUCUGAUAAAUACAUACAAGUGAUUUCCAUCGACAACCACGAGUUCUGGUUUAUGGGGUUUGUGACUUAUGAAAGCGCUGUGAAGAGCCUUCAAGAAGCGGUGCAGUCACAUGGUCCGUGAAGGUCCACUGGUAUAAAUGGCAGCUCUUAGUGAUAUUGUGCAUUAAUAUAUGGAACAGUGUGUUUUAGUAUUUGAUACCAUUUCAAUGUGUUCUACAUUUUGUCCUCUUGGCGUUUACUCAUAAACAUUGCUUUUGUUCAUUUCCUUUUGUAUAAAAUUAUUUCUUAUUUUUUUUGAGGGAACCUUGUCCUUUAGAUCUAACAUUCAUGAUUUGUAUUCGUGUUCUAAGUUGGAUUCGGUCUUUGGUUUUUGAUGAGUUUAGGAUUUUAAAGGUGAUCAAGUUGGGCGCUAUAGACAAAACCAGCAUUUAGAAAGCCCAAUAUAUCACCGAUGGGCCUUUGAAAAGAGCCCAAAUCGAUAAUAAGCAUGCAUGGGAGAAUUGGUGACACG